AUGUGUGAUACAAAAAGUGGCAGCCCUGAAAAGGAAAUCAAUUUAAAUGAGUUUUUGGAUUUUUUAAAUCUGUCCUGUCAUGUCAAUGACAUGAUUUCUCAGACAACGACACAAAUCGGAAAGGAUAGUAGUAAUCACUUGCAUCAUCAACAUCAUCAUGGCGUUGGAAAAACUCCAAACACAGGUGCAAUUUCAAAAUCCCAUAAUUCCCAGAAGUCCAUAGAUUUUCAACAAUUGGCCAAUAAUCGUUUGGUAAAUGAUUUAUUUGGUUAUCGAAAUAGUCCGAGGCAAACAACAAAUAUCACCGAUGAGGUGACAGACAGUGGUCCCAGUACUGGUAGUAGUGGAGGAAGUGGUGGUGGUGGUGGUUUUACGACUGAGAUAAACCGUUUGCGCAGACAAAAUUCAAUAACAAUGGCCAAGGCAAAAUCAAGCCAUCCCGGCUCUGAUGGAACUUUACAUCCGAAAUUAAAUGAAAAAUUAGAUUUCAUACUCAAUGAAGGUAUUUUGGAUGCCGUGUUGCCCUUCAUAUGUCCCGUACCAUUGCCGGCUAAUUACAAUAACCGCUUAAAGCCCAAAGGUAAAGAAACGACCGGCAAAGCUUCAUUCACAACUAUAACUGAAGCAAAAAAUACCACAGAAGGCGAAACUGAAGCAUCAACAUCAACAACAGGCAAGGAGUCGAAUACCAAUACUACAAAAUCAUCGGUCAAAGCUCCGACAACAUUAAGUGUGGCAAAAACCAUGACAACUAUCCACACGGGUCCAUCCAACAAAAAGGAACCCGAGGUCAUAAUCCAUGUCUGCGAUGAGGUUAAGAACACCUCCAAAGAUUUCCAGUGUCCUCAGAGUUUGUUAGUCAGCAAGAUGGGCUAUUUUGCCGAUGUUACUGCCGGUCAAAAAUUAGAGGACAUGGACAUAUCCGUACAUUGCGAUAUUCAAAUAUUCGAUUGGCUUAUGAAAUGGGUAAAAUCGGAUUCCAUAUCGAGUGCAGCUGAUCUAUCUGAUGGGCCACCAAAUUUGAAUGUUAAUAAUGUGGUGCCCAUAUUGGUAUCGGCCAGCUUUUUACAGAUGGAACCUUUGCUAUUGGAUUGCCUGAGCUUUUGCCACUCGCGUCUGGGAGAAGUCGUUAAGGCCUCUACAAAUCUGUCGUGCCUCAACGAUUCGAUUAUCACUCGCCUGGCGGAUAUGUUUACAAAUGUCGAAUUGGAAAUGGUGCGUGACAAAAAGGAUCGUUUAUUACCAAGGCUGUGGACGAAACUAAUACAGAGUUUAUGUGAACCAGAACCAGAGGCAUUAAGGGGUCACUAUUAUAGUUUGGCUGGAUUAUUUCGUUGUUCCAAAUGCAAUCGCUGCCUGACCAACACCAUGAAAACCUAUGUCCCUUGUAUACAGGGUAAUGUGCGGCUGAAUCGUUGGGGUCAGCUGAUAAGUCAUCAUGUUCGUGAUACCAUGUGGGAUUUGAAUUUAUACAUUGCCCAGUUAUUUAAAGAGUUGAAAUCAUGGCGUCGUGUCUAUUGGAAAUUAUGGGGUCAUGCCCACUACCUGUACUGUUGUUUGUGCGAAAUGUAUUUUCCUGUUUAUCAGAUGUCUUGGUGUCGUUAUCAUCCUGAGGCGCCAACAUUUCUGGGGCCGGUGACUGAUGGUCGUACAACUGGCCCCGCUGGCCGUUAUCCUUGCUGUGGUCAACAGGCAUUUCGUUUUGAAACUUUACCGGGACCAAAUGGUUGUCAAUUUCGUGAACAUAGCGUUCUUGUGGAAACUGAUCGUGAACGCUCCAUUUUAUCAAUUGUUCAAUUGGCCACUGAGGGACAUGCUCUAGGUGAUUGUCCUCCCCCGAAAAUGUUGGAAACUAUGGCGAGUGGAGAAACGGAAUCCCGCUGGAUGCUUUUAUCGCUAAUGCCGCAACGUUGCCGUCAAGGGCUAUUGCCAGUCAUAAAUCCGGAUGAAUCCCACGGCCGCAUUGCCAGACGUGUACGACCGGCAUCAUCGAAAUUUUUCGCUGACUCUAGCACCGAAACCGAAAGUACCGACAACACUUUGGAAAAUCUAAGAGCCAAUUCACGUAAAUUUGGAUUAGGUGAUUAUGGCAGCAGUUUUUCGACGAGUAGCAGUGAUGGUUGUGAAUCAUCCGAUAGUAAAAUUACCGCACCGAAAAAGACUUACAACAAGAAGAAUAAUCGAAAGAGCAAACAACCUUUAAAUCCUGGUCGCUAUUGGUCCGGCGAAUUGUCGGCACGCAGCAAUCAAGAUAAUCAACGCGAGUUCGAAGAGAAGGUAAUGAAACAGGUUAUUGCGCUGGUGCGAAAAAAGAAUGGCACCGAUGUCAAUGUCAACAAACCGAACCGGCCAUUGGGUGGCAUCUAUGUUAAAUUGGAACAGGAAUGGAAGGACCAGUUGAAACAACGUUUCUACAACAACAACAACAACAACUCGACGGGGAAUACGGCCAACAACGCUCAGGGGAAUGGUAAUAACUGCGGUGGCAGUAUGACAUCAUUGUCGGUAAAGGCUUCACGUAAAAAGGCAGACAAUGCCAAUGGUGGUGGCGGUGGUCAGUAG